UGAAUGAAUGCAAACCUUGUUACCUUCGCCAAUGUAAUGCCCCCAUCUUAGAUAACAAUAAACCAAUGUACCCACAAACUGCAUUUACAACUACCCUUUUCAACAGUGUAGAGUGAAGACCCAAAGCUCUUCAACAAUGGCCGCCACUGCAUUCUCCAGCACCACCAUCUUCCCCACCUCUCCCACUUUCCCUGCUUCCCAUUCAGACCCCAAAUCUUCAUCUCUCAGAUUCCCCACCUCAAGAUCUCUGCCCCUUCUCGCCACCGCCAGCAAACGACGUGUCACAACAUUUUGUUCAUCAGAAUCUGCUGAUGUCCCAAAAGAACAAACCCCAAUUGAAUUAAGGUAUCCUGCAUUUCCAACCGUAUUGGACAUCAACCAGAUUCGUAAUGUUCUGCCCCACAGGUUUCCAUUUCUUCUGGUGGAUAGAGUGAUUGAAUACAACCCUGGAGUUUCUGCUGUGGCCAUAAAGAAUGUGACAAUCAAUGAUAACUUUUUUCCUGGGCAUUUUCCUGAAAGGCCAAUCAUGCCUGGUGUUCUCAUGGUUGAGGCAAUGGCACAAGUCGGCGGUCUGGUUAUGUUGACACCUGAAGUGGGAGGUUCUCGUGAGAAUUUCUUCUUUGCAGGAAUAGACAAAGUGCGAUUUAGGAAGCCUGUGAUUGCAGGAGACACCUUAGUCAUGAGAAUGACACUUAUCAAACUGCAAAAGCGAUUUGGAAUUGCAAAGAUGGAAGGGAAGGCAUAUGUUGGAGGUGAAGUUGUGUGUGAAGGGGAGUUUUUGAUGGCUAUUGGGUCUGGAAGCGAAUAAUUUGAAGGGGAAAAAAAGAUUUUACUGCAUUUCUUUUAUGCUUCUAGCAUUCUUUGUGUUGUUUAACCCUGUGUUAUUUUUAUGGACAAACAUAGUGACAAAUGUGACCUUAUGUACUUCUCAUACUAAGCUUUGUUGCCUAGAAUUUAUUAAUGGCAAUCCAAGCUUUCAAUUUUUUCCAAUGUUACAUGAGUAUGACAAGAUAA